AUGCCGAUCGCCAGAGAGCCGAGUCAGCGAGGUUUGAACUGGGUGCGAUGGAAUUCCAGUAAAACCAGCUUGACUUCGGUCAAGAGCAACAGCCCGACCGAGAUCGUUCACCUGGGAGGUUCCCGAGUGGGCACCCCAACCGAGUCCGAGUCCUCCAGCCCGGAGCAAGUGAAGCAGAAGGAGCGGCCCGUCACGAGGUGGACGUUUCGUGGACCACCGCCAGAUCCGCCCGGCCGUGGCCUCACGGGAGCCAACACGGAUUCCGUGGUGGACGAAGACGCGACCUCGACAUAUUCCGACUCGCCCACCGACAACGACAGGCCUACCACCCAAUGGUACAUCACAGAAUGGCGGGGGCCAGGAGACAGAGACACGACCCACGACGAAGCCCCAGACCAGGUCUUGUUGAUGGCGUCUCCGGGGCUCAGUCCCUCCCCGCUGAACAUCCCGACGGAUAAAAAACCGACUUAUCCACCGCGUACAUCUUCAAGCCCGUCGUCAACUGUCACCUCCCCGAUGGCGUCAGCUGUCACCUCCCCGAUGGGCUUUUCUCGCUUCCCAUCGGGCAACUCUUCACCCACAAGCCUCUCGGCCCCCAAACUCCGCUCGCCGCUCCCUCCGCCAUACUCACCAUCUUCGCUAUAUCACUCUAUUUUAGCUGAAACACUCCCACCCACAACGGCAUCCGAAGGGGAAAAGCGUUCUCGACUCCUGGAUCCUGUCCCUGCCCUCCGGCGGACGCAAUCGCAUGCUGACGUUCAGAAACGCGCUCAAUGGAAAGCAUUGCCACCAAGGCCGCCGCUGGAAGAAGACGAGGAUGGGGAAAGGGAGAAGGAGCCCGAGAGGCAACAUAUCGGCCGACUAAUGAAAUUGGACACCAGCGUCGGCGGGAAGAGCUCCAACCCAAGCCCGUAUGUGCAAAGCCCGUACGCGGAUGGGACGAGAGUAUUGCCGCCUCUUAUGAGCCCUCCUCCCAACGGACCCCUGCCGGCGGUCACGGAGAGGCAAUUGGACGCCAGAUCGAGAUCGAAAUCGCGAGGAAGGUCGGAAAGCAAGCGGUCAGAGAGCAAGCCCCGGUCUGCUUCCGGUGAGGGGAAGAAAGAGAGGAGCCCGCCUAGACAGUCGACAAGACCACCGCAGACACAACAAGGACAGCAAGGGCAACAAGUGGCGCAGCAAGGCCAGAAGCCAAAGUUGACUCCCCAAGAACGGCUAUGGCUGCACCGGAACUACAGGGGAGAAGCAACCUUCCUCAAGGCAUGGGGCCUCCACAUCACCAAAGAGGAGGACCGCGAAGAGGGCAUCAAGGUCCUGCGAGAAUUAAUGGCAGGAGAGGCCAAAGAGGAGAGCAGAGAAGAACGGCGGCAGAAUCCGCACUCCAGAUCGGAUUCGACGCCAGCAACGAUGACCUUCUUCACCGCGCCCCCGACGAGGGACGGGGCGGGCCUCGUCGCGAUUGCGGAGGAGCGGAACAGUCGCGAGCUGCGGGUCCAACAGACGAAGGAGAGCCUCGGCUACGUCUCCGGCGCGAACGGGGAGCUGUGGAGGGCAGGGAAGAAUGUGGAUUCCGGGAGGCUCAUGAUACCUCUUGGAGGCUUUAAUACCAAGCACCACUCUCGGACUGAGAGCGAGGGCUCCGUCCUGGGCGCUUAUCUGGACAUACGCAUGAGUCGCCCUUGA